AUGCGUGAAGUGCUCACGAUGGACUUGCUUAACCCGGAAUCAGACGCGACUGGUUUGGAACAGAUCGACCAGUUGAUGAAAUUGAGAGCCAACGAACGCCAGAAAUCUAGAGACAACGCUAAACAAUCUUUAAGAAAUCUCACGCGACAACUAGAGAAUGCUAGAUUAGCUGCUAAUAGACCAAAUACCGUACCUACACCUGAAGAGCAUCAGGAGAAUAUGUUUCAACAGGAUAACAAAAAGUUCCAAUUGGCCAAUUCUAUCACCGAACUGGAACAGUCGUUGACUAAAUGUGAAUCUACUUUGAACAAACUUAAAGAAGAGUGGUCUGAAUUACAAACAAUCAGGCCAGCAGAUGAACAUUCGAUGGAUCAAGUAGUCCUUAGAUUAAAGAUAUUACGCGAUUUAGGUUUUGAAAUAGUGACAGAUGAUCACACAGGUAAAGUCAAUAAAGUGCUCGUACGUAACGACGAGUCAAACGACCUCAAUAGCGUUAUUUUAGAUAAAAAUGCUAGUGCUUUUUUCCAUAGUAAUUACUUGUGGAAACUCGCCGGAUCAGAGUAG